AUGUCGGAGUUCCUCAUUAUUUCAAUUCCAGCGGAUCGUGAUCCUGAAAAGGCCUAUAAUGAAGUCAGUAGCAGUCUUUCUAAAUUUCCUGUUGCCCAAUCCGUUUCGCGCUUUCCUAUCCCACUGAAUUUAAAGGUAGGAACUCUGGACGUGCUGGUCGGGAUGUCAGAUGAAUUUGCAAAGCUGGAUUCUUUUGCUGACACCAUUGUGCGCAAAGUUGCUCAGUACAUGGGGGAUGUAUUGGAAGAACAAAAGCACAAACUGGCUGAUAAUCUUCUUGUUGGUGGAGGUUUGGUUUUUCGCUUUCUUGUUUUCACUCGGGCUAUCGUAGUUUCGCCGUGCCUUUAUGUAAGCAAGUUCCAGUGGGAUACGGCAAAAUAUCCAAUUAAACAGCCUCUCCAAUCCUUGCAUGACAUCCUUUCUGAAAAUCUUUCUCGAAUUGAAGCUGAUUUAAGAACCAGGUCUGCUACGUAUAAUAAUAUCAAAGGCAACUUGCAAGCAAUGGAGAAAAAACAAACAGGUAGUCUGCUGACACGGAAUCUUGCCGAAAUAGUGAAGAAACAGCAAUUCGUUCUGAAUUCGGAGUACCUUAUUACUGUCGCUGUUGUGGUGCCAAGACAAUCCUACAAAGAAUGGGAAGCAUCUUAUGAAAGUCUCGUGGAUAUGGUUGUACCAAGGUCGACUGAGCUAAUUUACGAGGACCAAGAGAAUGGUUUGUGGACAGUGACGUUAUUUCAGAAAAUGCUGGGUGAUUUCACUCUUCGCGCACGAGAAAAAAAAUUUAUUGUUCGAGAUUUUGUGUACGAUGAAAAGAUGAUUGAGGAGAGCAAAAACGCCCUGUCCAAGCUGGAAGCAGAUAAGAAAAAGCAUUUCCCUCCUCUUUUCCGGUGGCUCAGGGUGAACUUUGGUGAGGCAUUUGCUGCCAUGAUGCACAUCAAGGCUCUUCGUGUAUUUAUAGAAUCAGUCUUACGGUUUGGCCUCCCAGUUGAUUUCGAGGCCAUUCUCAUCAUUCCAAACAAGAAGAAUUACAAGAAAUUGCGUGAGGCCCUUCACAACAUGUUUGAGCAUUUGGAUAAUCUUUCAGUGAGCAGCACAAAGGAUGAGGAAAUACCAGGUCCCGGAAUGAGCCAUGGGGAAUACUAUCCAUAUGUCUCCAUUACCGUGGAGACUAAUUUCGUGGAGGCGCAUUAA